AUGUUAACACCACCCGACGUUAAAGAAAGAAUUACUCUCCACAAGCGACCGCCUCUCAAUCAGAUCCACUUCCAGAUGCUCGUCCUGCUCCUCGCCGCCUGCGCCGCCGCCAGUUACGUGGCCCCAGUGCACCACCCGCUCGUAGGCGGCCCCAUGGUCGUGCGCGCCCCCUCCCACGACUCCGCGAUCAUCCAGAGCCACCGUCUGGGCGGCAACUUCGCCUACUCCACCCACGAGGCUCACGCCCACGCCGUAAUCAACCCCAUCGUCGCCCACCGUCAGGUUCCCGUGGGCGUGUCCCUCCACCCGGGUCAGCCCAUCGUGCACUCCGAGACCGACUACGUGUCCACGUACGUCCCUCGCUACGGCUACGCUCAGCCCCUCGUCGCUCGCAGCCACUACUAGGGGGCGAGAGAGAGGGCCAAGAGAUGGCUGGGCUGGUGCAACAAGUGCAACCUUUUCUUGCUUUCUCAUUUACUGAUUCUCUGAUUCUCUUUCUUUCUUUCUUCAAUCUUCCCUCUUGGCCUCGUUUCGUGCCUUCCUUCACUUCGCUUCGUCCUGGUCGUUGAGCGUGAUGUUCCCGGCUUGGCGACAGAGCCCUUCAGGGUUGGUCGCCCUGCCUUGGACAGCUGAGGUGUAUGGCUUGUCAUUUUAAAAAAUUCAUUGUAUAGUUUUUAUUCAUUAAAGCAAUUUAAAAAAUGUGUAUCUUUAUGAUACA